AUGGAUGCUUCUGGCAGCAAGAGCUUAAACAAGAGUCAGCAUGCCUACGUCGACUGCCUACCAAUCUUUGACAACGCCCAGCUCGACCACAACACGCUCAACAUAACACGCAAUCUCGGAAAGACAAAUACAGCACUUCCAAUCAUUAUGAUCAAAGCCAGUAGGAUGCAGAAGGUGUUCAAGACAAAGAAUGAGGUUAUCAGAAGGUUCUUUGGCCUGAAAAUGGAGAUCGCGAUGAUUCUGAGCGAGAGCAAUGACGGCGUUCCUGACGGCAAUCCCAGCGAGAGCAGCAAAUCAACAGCCAGAGCAGGAUCAAUUCUGCAGUACCCAACCUCGAGAUUACAUAGCAGAGAAAGGGAGGUACCAGACAAGAGGGACGUUUUCGAGAUUCAUCGGACACCUCCUUGGUUUACCCGGGUCUGCCUUCGGCCUCUCAAUAUGGCCACUUCCAUCACUUCAUGGUCAACGAAAUACCUGUCGUCCUCACAAUCCAAGCGAGAAACGCGAAGCGCCAACCAGCUAGAAGAAGUGGAGGCUUUCGGGUGUGUGCAUAGAGUGGGUCUCUCGAGCAACAGCGGCGCGAAUGAAAGGCUUUCUAACAGUGUAAUUGUCGGUAUGGAUAUGCUCAAGCUCCAGAAGGCAUGCGACGAGGACAUACCGUGCGAAGCAGCAGCGCAACGAAGAAGCAGUCUGCCAGUACCGUCAUUAGCGUCUCAGUAUCCAGGCUCAGGACAGCUGCGACGGGGAGGAUACAGAUGUUCUAUGGAAGUGUCACAGACAAAACGCUGUCAGCCCUCAAAAGUGCUGUUCCUUUGGCUUCAUACCUCUUUUGGCAUCACUGUCAAUACGAGGAAGCGCGACAGGUCAACAGUACCGAGUCGCGGGGUUGAUCCUGGGUGUUUGAGACCAAAUGCAAGGAGAGAGCAUCUUGAAGAGCAGUGGCACAAAGGAGAGGACCUCUACCACCACAUCGAUCGGAGUCUUUGUCCACGACGUCCCCUGUCCACAAGGUCUCCAGCACAGUCUCGGCAUGCAAUUGGGAGGACCUCUACGAUUCUGGAAUUCCGUAACAUGUUCCACGAGCUUUCCGGCCAAGCCAAAUACCCACAUGCAAAAUUGGGGUACCUCGAAUAA